AUGAAGAGUUCGGGUGGUGGUUCUCCAAGACACGAUCGAUUGCUUGACAAAGAUGAGCUAAAAAUCGAUUUAGAUUCGUUUAGCCAUCAUGACCUAAGCAACGAUAGCUACAGUACAGUGGCGCUGGGUGGAGAAGAAGGCUCGCCUGCGGGCGGUGGCGCUGCGUCAACUGGAGCGCGUUUUGGCGCUACUCCGCCAUAUUUGCGCGCGCACUCACCUCCGCAUGCGCACUAUCAUUAUCCACCCGACCAUCUUGUCUAUACCAACAUAGGACAAGCGAUGGGCGGCACUGGCAUCGGCGGUGGUGCAGGCGGCGCGUCUGAUAUGAGCAGUUCAUCGUCGCCGGCAGCAGGAGGCUACCCGGACUUCCCGCCUUCACCGGACUCGUGGCUGGGUGAAGCACACCACUACUCUCCGCGGGGCUUUCCCUAG